AUGGCACCAUCCAUCAUCGAUCAAGCCUCUCCACAAGAUAGUGCACCAUCUUCCAAGAAGCCUUCUUCUUCAUCCUCAGAUCCUUCAGUCUACUCUAUCCACCAUGCAGAAUUUUCCUCGCAGCCCUUUCCUUCCACUACUUCAGCCUGGCUCGCUCGCGCGUCGCUCGUCUCUUCAAUUCUCGCUUCCGACGCCGCAGCACGCGAUAUUGCCAAUGCAUCCCCUGUCGCUGAAAUCUCCCUGCUCAAAAGCUCCGGUCUGCUUAAAGUGCUCGGUCCUGUAGAAUAUGGUGGAGGUGGCCAGAGUUGGGAGGUCGGAUAUAAAGUCAUCAGAGAAGUCGCAAAGGGAGAUGGUAGUAUUGGAAUGUUGUUGGGCUAUCAUCUAUUGUGGUCAAAGACUGCGGAUAUUGUGGGUAGUGAAGAGCAAAAAGACAGAUUCCAGAAGCUGAUUAUUGAGAAUAACUAUUUUGUUGGAGGUGCAGUCAACCCUCGCGACAAUGAUCUGUCAAUUACAGAUGAGGGCGAGAAUAUCAUCUUCAACGGCUCCAAACACUUCAACACCGGCGGCGUAAUCUCAGAUCUCACAGUGCUCGAAGGCGUACUCAGCGGCACAUCCAACCACAUCUUCGCCAUUGUCCCAACCUCUCAACCCGGCUUCACUUUCGCCCACAACUGGAACAAUAUCGGCCUUCGAUUGACCGAAUCCGGAAGUGUAAACAUCUCCAAUAUUUCUGUGCCCUGGAAUGAUGCACUAGGCUGGAACGCAACUACAAAAGCACCAGAUCCUACCAUCCUUAACAUCCCCUUUGCUUCCCUCCUCCUCCCAACCAUUCAACUAGUAUUCUCAAACUUCUACCUGGGUAUCGCACAAGGAAGUCUCGAGUUUGCAAAACGCUAUACAACAACAAAUACACGAGCAUGGCCAUUCGGCGGCGACAACAAAGCCUCCGCAACAGAAGAAUUCUACAUCCUCGAGCGCUAUGGAAGUUUCCACGCCACUUUACUCGCAGCAGAAGCUCUCACAGACAGAGCAGGCCAAGAAAUCAGUGCACUCUACCUCACUUACAGCACCACUCGUUCCAUCACAGCCCGUCAGCGCGGAGAAAUCGCCGAACUAGUAGCAGCCGCAAAAGUAGCAACGACGGAAAGCUCGCUGAAUGUGACGGCUGGAGUCUUUGAAGUGACUGGGAGUAGAGCGACGGGUAAGACUGUGGGACUAGAUAGGUUUUGGAGAGAUGUGAGGACGCAUACUUUGCAUGAUCCCGUGGCGUACAAGAAAAAGGAACUGGGGAGGUUUUUCUUGUUGGAUGAGGUUCCGGAGCCUACCUGGUACACAUGA